AUGCCUAUCAUCAGCAACGCACACCACGACUUCAGCAACCUGUCUGUCAGUGACGACAGCAGCCUGGACCGCAUUUUCACCGAGAUCCCCGAGACCGAGACCAUCAAGGGUGCUUACUACAAGAGGGCUCAGUUCAUCCGCCGGCCAGAGGACCUGCUGUCCGUCGACCAUGCCCUGCUGGCCGUGAUCAACGUCGGGGGGAACCGCUACACCUUCCCCUGGAGCACGCUGGAGCAGUUCCCGCUCACCCGGCUGGGCCGCCUCCGCGGCUGCCGCUCCCUGGAGGAGAUCGCCGGCGUGUGCGACGACUACGACGAGGCCCGCAAGGAGUUCUUCUUCGACCGCUCGCCGUCCGCCUUCAGGGUCAUCCUCAACUUCCUGGCGGCGGGGAAGCUGCGGCUGCUGCGCGAGAUGUGCAUCCUCUCCCUGCACGACGAGCUCAACUACUGGGGCGUGGAGAUGGCCUACAUGGAGCGCUGCUGCAAGCGGAGGAUGUACACGCGCAUAGAGGAGGUCAACGAGAAAGAGCGGCGCGAGGAGGAGAGCCGGCAGAGGAACGCCAUGCAGCGGGCGCCGGUGGAAGAGACCAAGUACAGGAAAGUGAUGAACUGGCUGAGAGACAUGGUGGAGAAUCCGCAGUCCGGCUUACCAGGGAAGAUCUUCGCCUUCUUUUCAGUAAUCAUGGUGGCCGUUACCGUGGUAAGCCUGUGCAUCAGCACCAUGCCAGACCUCAGAGAGGAGGAGGACAGGGUGAGUAGACCACAGGGUCCAGGCUUCUUCAGAGUAAUUAAGAACCAAAAAUGA